AUGAUCGUUGAUACAUCUGUAUUACCAACUGAUGCUCUAACAUAUACCGAUGAACAAUUUUUUCAUCUUGUACGUAAUUUGUGCGGUAAUUCAUCCGUUAAUUUAUUGGAAAUUUUAUGUAUAAGAAGUGUACAAUCAUUUUUAUUGACUGAUACUAAAGAUAUUUUUUCUGUUAUAAAUUUUGAUUGUGAUCAGCUGGAAGACAUUAAAAGGGAAAUAUGUUUUCAAUUACAAGAUAAAUCAUAUAUUAUCAAGCCCGGCGUUGAAAGUAGUAUUAAAUACCUGAAAGAAUUGUUGUUGACCAAAAAUAAUGAACACAUAACACGAUUGAAAAAGAAAGUUACACCACCACCACCGCCACCAACACUGACAACGUCAUCAUCUUCAACAACUACAGCUCCAACAGCACCAGCAGUAGCUAUGAAGCAACCAAUUCCAAUGUCGAUAGAUGAUCAUACAAAAUACGUUUUAGAAAAAUUUUUCGAAUGGUGGGAUAAUAACAAAGAAAACGUAUUACCAGAAGGUUUUGUUUUGAAGGAAAAUGAACACUUUACGCUAACAGUAACAAAUUGUAGUGCUAAUUUAGCAGGAUUGAUAAAGUGUAAAUGUGGUGUUAUAACGAAAUUAGCUACAAAAGACGGAAGGUUUGUAUUAUCGAAUUUUUAUAAACAUUUACAAACACUGAGUUGUUCAAUGAUGAAAAAUAUUAAAAAAAUAUAUCAACAUAAUAGAAAUAAUCGUAAUGAUAAUAAUGUUAAUAACAAUGAUAAUAAUAAUAAUAAUAAUGAUAACAAUGAUAAUAAUGAUAAUAAUGAUAAUAAUGAUCAUAAUGAUAACAAUGAUAACAAUGAUAAUAAUGAUAAUAAUGAUAACAAUGAUAACAAUGAUAAUAAUGAUAAUAAUGAUAAUAAUAGUAAUAAUAGUAAUAGUAACGAGCAACCAGUAACAACAUCAAAUAUAGCAUCAACAACGUUAGCUAAUCAUUCAACAAUUUUACAAAGUACACUCUUAGAUCCACCAUCAAUAUUAUCUAUGAGUAGUAAUGAAACAAGUACAAGAGAAGCGACGAAAGUUGUUCGCGUAGCAAAGAAAAGGAAAAAUACAACAGCAUCAAUCCGAACAAAACGACGAAAAAAAUGA